AGUGAGACAAUAAUCCGUGACUUGACGCCGAACAAAUGUGCGACACGCUGCACGCAUCUCGGCUACGUGUUCAUGGGCUUAGACUUCGGAAAGUAUUGUAAAUGCGGCCCGGAGUACGGCAUGUACGGCCUCGCACCGGCCGCCGACUGCGGCAAGGUGUGCGAGGGAGAUGGCAGCCCCACGUGUGGAGGAUACUUCAAAGUUGCCGCCUACAAGAUCUAUCCAGAUGGACCCUCCAGAAAUGCCCCGUUCUCCAACGUGUUUAUGUCGGAAGGCCAGCAGCUAGGACGCGUUGCCACAGCAACUCGGAUGGCUGUCCGAUCACACGCGAUGUGUGCGGCAAGAUGUCUGACGUCAGCACCUUGCUGGGGGUUCGUUUGGAUCGAAGGCAACGUGGAAAACUGCGAACUCAUUUCCGCUACCGGUUCUCCAGCGAAUUACACGAUUCCUGCGGGAGGGAAGUAUUACCAUCUUUAAAUGGCAAUCGUUAAGAUGCAACAUUCGAGUAGUUACCGGCGGUAACUUUUAUUUGGAAUUCAGGGCCGUAUAGCCUCUGGGGGCAAGGGGGCAGCUGCCCCCACCCUAGAUUUCGGGGCAAAAGUUAAAGAUAAGCUCAGUAAAUAAUCCUAAAUAUUCCUAACGUGAUUUUAUCCGUGAAAGCCUUGUC